AUGGAGAAGGGGCUAAUAUCGGUGGACCGGUGGACAGGCCAAAGCCAAGCCUACCAUUUGCUGAUAUCUAAUACCAUUUGCUCUAGUAAGAGGGCAAAGAUAGGAAGAACCAUGCUCCUCGAUGCUCUCAAGGACGAUGUAGUCGACAUCCUUUACUUGGAUAACACAUACUGCAAUCCGUCAUACAUUUUUCCAUCUCGAGAAGCUGCAGCUCAGCAGGUUGUCGAUAUCAUUGUCUCACAUCCUGAACAUGACAUCAUUAUUGGCAUCGACACUUUGGGGAAAGAAGAUCUUUUGCUUCACAUUUCACGUGCACUUAAAAUAAAGAUUUGGGUGUGGCCGGAGUGCUUGCGAACUAUGCACCUUCUUGGGUACCUUGAAAUAUUUACUACCAAGACUUCUCUUACAAGAAUGCGAGCUGUUUCUCGUUACAGUUUUUGCAUUGAAACUCUAGAGGGACUAAAUACAAUGCGCGCAACUAUCGGUAUCAUGCCAUCUGGUCUUCCAUGGGUGACGAAAUCUCUUGAAAGAGGUGACAAACCUUUUGGUUCUCUUUUAACUUCACAUUACAACAAAAGUAAAUGGAGUGGAAACGGUGGGAACCAUAUUGAUAAGCCAAAUGCAGAUUUAGGUUCUGUGGGAAGGUUUCAUAAGUACAUCUAUACUGUUCCAUACUCCGAUCAUUCGUGCUUUACAGAGAUAGAGGAUUUUAUAAAACUUGUCCAGCCAACCAGCAUGAAAGGCAUCUCUUCAUCAUCUUGCUAUGUUGAUCCUAUGUACUAUUUUAGCUGCCUUUGUGGAGCCAAUGAAGCAGUUCAAAGAUCACUUCACAAACAUAAGAGAAAGGAGAGAGAUGAAAGAGUUCCGACUGUCUGUCUUAGAACUCCCUUUAGCAGUGGUGGUGCUUCUGCUGAGUCAGAGAGGAAAAGAGGAAGGACAGUAAAGGGUAAACAUUCAGGUAUUGAUGUGAGCAGGAUAAGUGCAUUGAGACGAAUACAGCGUGGUGCAAAGAUUAUGGAAGAUGGCUGUCUGAAUUGAUUAGUAUUCAUUGUCGGCAGUAAAAGGGUAUGACCAAUGUUGCAUGUAAAAUUUAGAUUGGAGUAUCCAACUGUAAAGUUCGAAACUGCCGUGACAUUUAAGAU